CCCCAUUAAUUCACACACAAAAAACGAUGCCGUUUAAAGCGCGGUCCAACGACCAGAACAAGGUCAUCGUCAUUGGCAUCGCCAAGAGCUUGGAUGAUGCAGGGCUGAGCGACAUGUUUGGCCUCCACGGCACGGUCGCGGACGCCAAAGUAGUGCUGGACGACAAGAAGCAGUCCCGUGGGUUCGGGUUCGUCACGUACGCGAGUGCCGCGGCCAAGAACAAAGCCAUCAAGCACAUGAAUCAGUCGUCGGUGGACGGACGCGUGUUGACCGUGCGGGAUGUCAUUCCCAAGGCCGAUCGAGACGGAUACGACGCCAAGAAGGACGAGAAGCAAAAGGUGGGGGUGUGUUGGGCGUUUCAAAAGGGACUUUGCGACAAGGGCGACGCGUGCAAGUACCCGCACGAAGCCAAGGACGGCGACUACGGUUCUUGCUUUGAGUUUGUCCAGUCUGGCAAGUGCAAGCGCGGCGACGAGUGCAAGUUUGCGCACACGGGUGGCGCCAAAUCAACCGACUCGUUGAGCCAGGUCGGGGACAAGAAGGCGAGCGUUGGUGACCCGUCGGACGGGAAGCCGCGUGUGUGCUUUGCGUUUCAAAAUGGCAAGUGCCAUCGUGGUAAAGCGUGUAUGUUUGUGCAUUCCCACUUGGAGGACCCGGCCAAGGACGGACAGCCAGACUCGAAGAAACGAAAGCGCGAUGACUACAACCCGAAGGAGCGACUGGCGGCGCUAGUGGCAGCCGAAGACAAGGCGCGCAAAGUAUACGAAGCCGCAAAGAAGGAGCGACAAGAGUUGGAACGCCAGCUCGACGUGAAGCCACUUUUGCCCGCCAAGAAGACUGGUGUCAAAGCCAACGAUCAGCCCGCAAACAACGAAAUCUCUCUGGAAUCGGACCAGAACGUGAAAGUUGAAGUUAAAAUCAAGGCUGAGCGAGGCCAACAAGCCAAGGUGGCCCUCGCGCCAGCCGUUGAAAAGUUGACUAAGAUCGUCACGCACGAGAAAGGCACGCCCCAUGCUGCGACACUGCGCCAUCCAAAAGUCGUGGCCGAGCACGACAACGAAGCCGACAGCGACGACGACGGCCCGCCUGUGAAGCAAGCCGCCUUUGAUGAUGACGACGAUGAUGAUGGGCCCCUGUCGUUUGUGAUUCAAAACGCGAUCAACAGCAUGAAAAAAGUGGACGAGGACUUGGCAGAACCUGAAGUCCCUGCUGCUAAGCCCAUCAAACCAGUCAAGACGGCGCCCAAAGCAGUCAAGUACGUCGCAGCGCCUCUUGACGACGAUGUCGACAUGGGCGCCGCGUUCGACGACGGACCACCGCCCAAGAAGAAGAAGAGCAAGCCAGACGAUUCGCGCCUGAAAGCGUCAGAUCAUAGACGGCUGCGUCAGCAACAAAAGAAGGAAGCCCUGCAGCGCCUCAAAGCCAAAAAAGAGAUUGCUGUGUGAUUCAUGUAUUACUCCGGAGUACUCCGGAGUAAUAGACACACGUUAAUUAGUCGGACAUACUUGGCA